AUGACAAACCCCAACGACGUGACGAUUGAUAUUCCCCUCACCGAGACGGUGAGCCGGAGGAGCCAGAACGGCGCCCGGAAAUGGGGGUCUCAUGCUGGGUCGACUGCGCCGAUCACUGGCGAUGAGAGCGACGAGAAGAAGGGCCUGCAUGGGCCCGGUCGUCGACGUCGACAUGAGCACUCGGAUAUCAAUGACUCGACCGGUAAGCCAUCUGACGCGCCGGAGGACGGCUCGCUCAACCGCAUGGGCCGCAUCUACCAGGCCAUCUACAACUUCUCCAUUGUCACUCGUUACAUGAUUUAUGUUAUCCCUGUUGGCAUCCUGAUUGCUAUUCCUAUCAUUGUGGGCGCGACCGUCGCUCAGACUGCGACGAUUGGUGGCGUGCAUAUCUAUUGGUUCUUUACUUGGGUCGAGGUUGUGUGGGUGGGUUUGUGGGCGUCCAAGAUCUUUGCCAAGUUCAUUCCCUAUGUCUUCCAGUUUCUAUGUGGCAUUGUGAGCUCGGGAACGCGCAAGUAUGCACUUAUCUUGCGUGCACUGGAAACACCGAUUACGGUGGUGCUGUGGUGUGUGAUCUCGCUGGUCACGUUUCUGCCGGUUAUGACCCUCAACCCUGGCAUGCGGGACAAGAACGACACCGGAGUAAAGACGUGGGAAAAGAGCGUCAAGAAUAUCCUGUUCGCCCUGCUGGUCUGCAGUCUCAUCCUCAUCAGCGAAAAAACUUUCGUGCAGCUCAUCUCCAUCAGCUACCAUCGCAAGCAAUUCGACGCCAAAAUCAAGCAGUCCAAGCACAAUGUCUACCUGGUUGGUCUACUAUUCGAAGCCUCCCGCAACAUGUUCCCCGCCUACUGCCCCGAGUUCAAGGAAGAGGACGCCAUCAUCUUCGAUUCGCUCCUGGCACAGGCCGCCGGCAAGAACAGCAAGCGGAGCUCGGUGAUGCCCCUGCGCAUGAUGCAGCAGGUUGGUCGACAGGUUGGCCACAAUGUCGGCCGUAUUGGUGACAAGGUGACCGCCGCGUUCGGCAAUGUCGCGUCGGAACUCACUGGUAAGCAGGUGUUCAACCCGCAAGCCACGCAUACCAUUGUCAUAGAGGCACUGGAGCGCAAGCGAUCUGCUGCGGCGCUGGCUCGCCGUAUUUGGAUGUCGUUUGUGGUCGAGGGCCGCGAUUCGCUCUAUUUGGACGACAUUGUCGAGGUCUUGGGCCCCGAUCACGAGGCCGAGGCGGAAGAGUGCUUCAUGGCGCUGGACAAGGACGGCAACGGCGAUAUCAGCUUGGACGAGAUGAUCCUCACGAUCAGCGAGUUCGGCCGCAUGCGCAAGUCGCUGGGCCACAGUAUGCACGAUGUCGACCAGGCCAUCCACGUCCUGGACAACCUGCUACUCACUGUCGCCAGCGUGGUUGCCAUCCUGGUCUUCAUUUCGUUCGUUACCACCGGCUUCGGCACGGUCAUUGCUGCCGGUGCUACUUCCCUGCUCUCGCUGAGUUUCGUCUUCGCGACCACCGCCCAGGAAGUCCUGGGCUCAUGCAUCUUCCUGUUCGUCAAGCAUCCCUUCGACAUCGGUGACCGCGUGGACAUCGGCGACAAGGCUUAUGUUGUCGAGCGUAUUUCCCUGCUGUUCAGUAUCUUCCGCACAGUCGGUGACCACCGAAUGACCCAGGUGCCCAACAACAUCUUGAACAGUCUGUGGAUCGACAACUUCACCCGCGCCAAUGCCAUGCACGAGCAGCUUUCCGUGCCGGUGAGCUUCGAUACUAGCUUCGCGGAGAUUCAGGCACUGCGUGAGGAAAUGGAGCUCUUCGUUCGGGACAAGGAUAACUGCCGUGAUUUCCAGCCGGAGAUCGAUAUCGAGGUUAUUGGCGUGGGUGACAUGGACAAGCUCGAGCUGCGUGUUGAUAUCCGCCACAAGUCUAACUGGUCUAACGAGACCGUCCGGGCCGCCCGUCGCUCGAAGUUUAUGUGCGCUCUGGUGCUGGCUAUGCGCAAGGUCCCGAUCCGGGCUCCUGGUGCGGCAGCUCCUGAGGAAGAGUCCAAGGAGGACGGUGGUGAUGACAGUGAUGACAAGGGCGAUGGUGCUGCCGCGGGUGCCGACGGCAAACCGGGCCUCGCUAAUGGUCUGAACCCUGCUGCGGCUGCCGCCGCGGGCGGCAUGAUGGCCUAUGAUGCGCAGACUACCGGCUUCGACCAGGGACGGUCCUCCGGCACAGUCACCCACCGUGGCUCCACGAAUGCCAGCCAGCGCGAAGCCGCUAUCGCAGACCGUCUAAACGCCCGCUCGCCCGCCGUCCCCUCCGUCGACCCCGCCCGCGACGGCGGCGAUAACCUCUACCGCACCACGGCCGACAAUUCCAGCCACGGCCAAAGCAAGCAGCUGAGCGUGAAUGAUAGCACCGCCGCCGGCGUGACCCGCGGCCUGUCGACCGGCCACCGCAAGGCGGGCGUGCGCGCCUCCUACGCCUCCGAAGAUGUGCCCAUGCCACCGCCUCUCUCCCCCGCUGGAGCUGGCACGAUCCCGUCCCACAACAACGUACCGAUCCUGAACACCCCUGCGCCCCCAGGCUCCCGCGGCAGCACGCGCUACGAGCCGCCCACCCACGCACCCUCGCCCCAGGGAACCUACUCCCAAAACUACUACCAUAACCAAGAGAGCAACUACGACUCGGUCCCGCUGAGCGGCAUCACGCCCGACCGCGCCAUGGCCUCGAGCCAUUACGAGGUACCGGAACGGUACGACCCGUUCUCUCCGCCGUCAAUCUACUCGCCCCAGCAGGCGCAGGCGCCGGCGCCGGCCCUGACGGGCGAGGACAGGCAGCAUGAGUCGUUUAUGUCGAGGACGAUCCAUAGUAGAAAGAAUAAGGAUUCGCCGUACGGCGAGCACGAGCCAUGA